ACGUGACCUGGGGCGACACGCGAGCCCUCACCACAACCAACUUUCGCAUCAACCUGGCACGCCCGCAAAGCCGCAAAUAGACAUACCCUUCUUGCUGUACUACACAUCCAUCAAGCUGGCUGUCAAGGACAUUUUCGUAGAGAUACAGACGAGACAUCAAUCAGAAGCCGCCACCCUUCAACGACUCAUUCAAAAUGUCCAUCGUCCACCUGCAGAAUAUUGAGAUCCUGAACCCGAAUGCUGCGUUUUCUGAUCCAUACCUAUUCAAGGUCACAUUCGAGUGCAUCUCACCUUUGGAGGACGAUCUCGAGUGGAAGCUCAUCUACGUCGGAAGUGCCCAGAGCAAGGAUUACGAUCAGGAUUUGGAUAAUUGCAUGGUGGGGCCAGUGCCAGUAGGUGUCAAUUCAUUCGAAUUCGAAGCAGCCGCGCCUUCUCCAGACAAGAUUCCCGCAUCAGAUCUGCUCGGCGUCACUGUCAUCCUCCUGACCGGGUGUUACAAGGACAGCGAAUUCAUACGCGUCGGAUACUACGUGAACAAUGCAUACGAGAGCGAAGAGAUGCGGGAAAAUCCACCAGAGGAGGUAGACUUGGCUAAAAUCAAGCGGGAGGUACUGGUCAGCAAGCCCAGAGUGACACGGUUCAACAUUAAGUGGGAUGCGGACACUGCGACAGGAGACGCAGACGCGUCAGCGUCAGCAGCAGGGGCAUAUGGCUCAGCUUCAGCGAAAGAGGGCGACGCAGGCGAAGGUGAAGGCGACAUCAGCUGGCCUGCACCGACAGAAGCGGACUUCAAAGCCCAAGACAACAAGCCGCCUCCCACAACUGCUUUCGCACCAGUUAGCGUUUCAUAAUCCGACAUGUACUGUAGAUUCAGAUAGACCAGGUCCAACGUGACCAAGUACCGAAGGCGGACCAGCUGCCCGUUCCAAGUGAUGAGGAGUAAUAGAC